GUAAAAAAUUUUCGCAAAAAUUUAGGAAAAAAUAAAAUUAAUCGUUUGGAAAGUUUGAAAAAUUUUUUAAGUGCAUUAAACAACCAUAAACAGCAUCACCAAAUCCACAACAAAACAUAAAUAAAAUUUUAAAAAAGCUACUAACCUAAACGGACCUGACGUGCGUAAAUCUGGCUAGACGUGAGCGUAGAUUAAUCUGGAAGUAAACUGUGCGGUCGUCGAACGUUGAACCAGCGAUUUUAUGAUGAGCAAAAAUGGGCACAACAAUCCAACAUUCAUUGACGACAGUGCUGUCAGCGACAAAGCGACAAAACGAUACUCACUGGAGUUAGCGGAGAAGGGUGGCAAGCCAGCGGCUGUGGUGGCUAAGGAUAAUGGUUACGAUUAUAAUCCCUAUGAUAAUCGAGAGGUGGAGCAUCCUACGACCAAUUCAGAGACACUUUUUCACUUGCUAAAAGGUUCUUUGGGCACGGGUAUUUUGGCUAUGCCGAAUGCUUUCCGUAAUGCCGGCUAUAUAACUGGUACCAUCGGUACAAUUAUUAUUGGUUUCAUUUGCACCUAUUGCAUACACCAGCUUGUCAAAGCCGAAUAUGAACUUUGUCGGCGGAAAAAGGUGCCAAGUAUGAGCUACCCCAUCGUUGCGGAGAAUGCUUUAUUGGAAGGCCCCUCAUUCUUUCACAAAUUCGCACCCUACAUUAGCCACGUGGUGAACACUUUCCUCCUAAUUUAUCAGCUGGGUUGUUGUUGUGUUUAUGUCGUCUUCGUAGCUUCAAACAUCAAAUCCAUUGCUGACUUCUAUUUAGAUGAACCCGUCGAUGUACGUCUAUGUAUGGUGAUCAUACUUUUACCCUUGAUCUUCAUCAAUUGGGUUCGCAAUCUCAAGUACCUGGCACCCUUCUCCACAAUUGCCAAUGCCAUUACAAUGGUCUCAUUCGGUAUAAUCUGUUAUUAUAUCUUUCGGGAACCCUUUACUACCGAAGAUAAAGUUGCGGCGGCGCCCUUUUCGAGCUUUCCUCUCUUCUUUGGCACAGUGCUAUUUGCGCUGGAAGCAAUCGGUAUUAUACUGCCGUUGGAGAAUGAAAUGAAAACUCCGAAAAAUUUCGGUGGCAGCUGUGGUGUACUCAACGUUGCUAUGGUGCUUAUUGUUUUCCUGUACUCAGGUAUGGGUCUCUUUGGUUAUUUGAAUUAUGGUGCUGAGGUUGAGGGUUCCAUCACGUUGAAUCUGCCGUCGAAGGAUAUUUUGGCGCAAUGUGUGAAGGGUAUGCUGGCAUUUGCGAUAUACAUUACGCACGGUUUGGCCUGCUACGUAGCCAUUGAUAUCACAUGGAAUGAUUAUAUUGUGGAGAAGUUGAGCACGCAACGGAGCAAACUUUUCUGGGAAUAUGUGGUGCGAACUUCAAUGGUGCUGGUGACAUUCCUCUUAGCUGUGGCCAUACCCAAUCUGGAACUCUUCAUUUCACUUUUCGGCGCGCUCUGCCUUUCGGCACUCGGCUUGGCUUUCCCGGCAUUGAUUCAGAUCUGCACUCAUUGGUAUCACAGGGAAGGCAUCGCUAAAGUAUGGCUCUUAGUCAGCAAUUGUGUGCUCAUUAUUGUCGGCAUACUCGGCCUGGUAAUCGGCACGUCCACAUCGCUAACAGAAAUCAUUGCGACAUUCUAAAAGUGAGCGGUAAAUGCCGACUCCUACGCUCCGCCAUUAUAACACAAACAAACAAAA